GCUAGUGAGUACUCAGGCCCCUCCCCAGGCUAAUAAAGGUCGCAGCGCGCGGCCGUGGAGCUCACUUGCCAGACACAGGCCGGGUGUCCGAGGGACGCGUGGUCCCGCGUAGCUCCAACCACCGCCGCCGCCGCCCCCGCAGCCCAGCCGGACCCGUCCCGCAGCCCGCCGGAGCCCCCGUGUCCCCGCGGCCCCACGCACGCUCACCGCGAGAAGGAUGGAGUCGCGCUGCGCCCGCCAGGUCCCCACGCUGCUGCUCGUCCUGGUUUUCUAUCUUCUUCAAGCAGUCUUCAGUACAACUGUGAUUCCUUCAUGUAUCCCAGGAGAGUCGGGAGAUAACUGCACAGCAUUAGUUCAAACUGAAGAUAAUCCACGUGUGGCUCAAGUGUCAAUAACAAAGUGCAGCACUGACAUGAAUGGCUACUGUUUGCAUGGACAGUGUAUCUACCUGGUGGACAUGAGUGAAAAUUACUGCAGGUGUGAAGUGGGUUACACUGGUGUCCGGUGUGAGCAUUUCUUUUUAACCGUCCAAAAACCUCUGAGCAAAGAAUAUGUGGCUUUGACUGUGAUUCUUGUUAUCUUGUUCCUUGUCAUAGUUGCUGGUUCCAUAUACUACUUCUGCAGAUGGUACAGAAAUCGAAAAAGUAAAGAACCCAAGAAGGAAUAUGAAAGAGUGACCUCAGGGGAUCCAGCAUUGCCGCAAGUCUGAAUGGUGCCAUUAAGCUUAUGGGCAGGAAUGCACUGCAUGCCUGGUUAUGUUAAUAUUCUUAUUUUAUUAAUAAUAUUUAUGUGGGGUCAUAUGUUAAGUCAACAAUGAUGUAUUUUUUAAUAUGCUAAGAAAAGUUUUUAUUUUUGUUUUAUUUUUAACAGAUUGCAUAAUGUAUAAUGUACAAAAAUAUUUAAUAUAAAAGGAAAGUGGAUAUUUUUGUAAGAAAUCCUUUUCUGGGCUACAUGCUUUACUGAAAACUUUUUUGCCUGGUGUACAGUACAUAGGAGUGAGCAAUGCCCAGUUCACUGUUUAGAAAGUGUAAGCGUGCGACAGAUUUCUAUAAGCCAAAAAUAUGGUCAAACCAAUUUAAUAUAUUUUUCUACUCCUCAAAUCAAUGAUAAUUGGUUUGACUAUAUCAGAGUUCGGUGUUUGAGUUGGCACCACUGUGCCAUGUUUUGAAACACUAGUGCUAUGGGAACAGGUGAGAAGCAAAUAUAGGUCUUGGGCUAAACACUACACCCUCUGCUCCCUCCACUCACACAUCCUCACUGUUUACUGCCUGGAAGGAUGGUGUGCAAUUCUCUAUGCCCAUUCACAACUCCUAUGGCUAUUAGUCAUCCGUCUAAUACAGGGGUCUCCAACCCCCGGCCACAGACUGCUCCCAGUCCACAGCCGGUUAGGAAUGGGCCACACAUCUGGAGGUGAGUGGCAGGCAAGCAAGCAAAGCUUCAUCUGUAUUUACAGCCUCUCCGCAUCACUCACUUCUCCUUGGUGCACAGAAAAAUUGUCUUCCAAAAAACCCAUCCCUGGAGCCAAAAAGGUUGGGGACUGCUGAUCUAAUAGAUUUUCCUUAAGAAAAUGAAUUGAGAAAACUUUUACCAUCUUUUAUGUAAUUUUAUGUAUAGCUUCACAAUGUCCUUUUUUUAUUCAGUACAUUUAUGCUAGGUAACUGUUGCUCAUGAACUAAUAAAAAAGUCCACACAUGAAGCCAAAAUUUGUGCUUCUUUUUUGAAGAGUAUUUAUUUCUAUAUGAACUUUGCUGAAGAAUUCUACAAUUAAAUUAGUCCAAAAUUUGAUGGACUAAGUGUUAUUUUAAAGUAUAAUAUAAGACAGUUAUUCUAUAUAUGGUCUAAAGAGAUCUAAAAGCAUGUUUCUGUUUCCCACUAAUAUAGCUGAAGUCAAAUAUGCUGUAUAAGAAUAUGUUUUUAAUCCUACACAUCCUUAUUGACAUCUACUGUAUGUAAGAGAGGUCUGCUUAUUUUGAGUGAUAUUGAUUGUUUCAAAAAAAUUUAUUGACAAACCAAGAAAUCAUCUGAAAUCCAUUUAUUUUGUUACAAAAAGGAGUCAUAUUGGUUUAUCUUGAGCAUUUCAAUUCAUAUUACAUAAUUAAUUGUAAGUGGUUUGGGAUGUUAAAUCUUUAUUUAAGGAUGCUUAAAUAAAGAUUAAACACUAGCCCCUGUAAAAGUUAAAUUUUUACUUAUAAUUUGAUAUUAAAUAAUAAAAAAGAUAGGACACAGAUUGGUUUGAUGGGUAAAAAUUAAUUUUUAAAAUGUUUUAAUGAAGAUAAUGCUGGGCAAACAUUAAAAAAACCAUUGCUAUUAGCUCAUGUUUCUUACAAACAAUGAAAAAAAUUUGGCUCAUAUUUAGUCUAUCUUCCUUAUUUUACAAAUUUCUCACUAUAUAUAUUUCUAGAAAGAUCUAUCUAUAUCUAAUGUAUUGAGACUAAAUGCAAACCAAUGCAUAAAUACCUAGUUUGUGGCUUCCCACCAAGACAACACAGUAACCCAGUAGACAUACUCUAUAACUAAAGAGGG